AACAAACAGUAAUAGUCAUAGUAGUAAAGUGAACUAGAAUCACUGAAAUUGAAGCAAUGUCUUGAUUAUAAAAAUAUAUAUACAUAAAGAAAUGAAAGAUCUAUAUCCCUAUUUAGUAUAUAUAAACACCACCCAUUAUCUUUACACAUUAGUAGAAGCAAUUAGGUAUACAUAAAUCCACAUAAAUUAAAUCCCCUGUUCCACAUAAGAAGAUCAUUAAUUUUGAUUAAUAGAAACCAACCAACAUGGCAUCACCAACAAUGGAGGACAAUGAAGUUGCUAUAGAUAUUGAAGCAAUGUCAAGUAGCUUAGAAAAUAGGUUGUCGGGUAAUCUAGUCAUGUCAUCUAAUUUUUGCAUAUUCAAAGUCCCAACCAUUCUCUCAAGGCAUACUAAAAAUGCAUACGAACCAAAUGCCUUUGCCAUUGGUCCUUUCCACCAUAAAAAACCUCAUCUUCAACCAACAGAGAGGAUCAAACAAAAGUACUUGCUUGAUCUUCUAUCUCGUCUUUCACAUAAUAAUAAUAAUCCCAUUUCAAAUACUCAAGCUCCUUUCGAUCCAAUGUGGAUUAGGAAACUAAGCAAAGCCAUUAAUGAGAUUCAGAACAAAGCUCAUGGCUAUUAUGCGGGGCCAACUGAUAUGAGCACUACUGAGUUCGUAGAGAUGUUACUCCUUGAUGGUUGUUUCAUCAUAGAGUUGUUUCGUAAGAAUUCAUACCAAUCUGAUCUCAUUGACAAAGAUGACCCCAUAUUCACCAUGUCUUGUCUACUCCAAUUUCUACACCAUGAUCUCAUUUUGCUAGAGAACCAAAUACCUUGGUUUGUACUCAACACUCUGUUUGAUCUCACAAAAUCUCAAUCCACAGAUAAGAAAAGCCUUGUUGAAUUGGCCUUAGAGUUCUUUCCUAGCCUUAUAAAAAAGAAACCAUUUCGUUUGAAUCUUUCUAAUGAUGAUCACCGGAUACAACAAACAAAACACAUUCUUGAUCUGUUGAGAAACUCAUUGAUUUGGAAUUCCAAGGUAAUUGGAAAAGAUACCAAGCAUGAUUGGCAGCAUAUACGCACAGCUACAGGUCUGAGAGACUCUGGCAUCAAAUUCGAGGCUAGCAAUUCAGAGUCAAUAUUAGACAUUUCAUUUAUCCCAAGAAGAGGUGUUGUGUCAAUUCCACCACUUCUUAUUCAAGAAACCACAGAAACAAUGUUUCGAAACCUCAUAAGUUUGGAGCAAUGUUGUCCCAAUUACAAGCCCAUAAUCACAUGUUAUGCUGUUCUGUUGGAUAAUCUCAUCGACACUAAUGCUGAUAUUCAAGUACUUGAGAAGAAUAAGGUAAUUGAUAACUGGUUGAAUGUUGAUGAUGCUACCAAAUUCUUCAACAGACUCUACAUUGAUACUUAUGUUAAGGAAAACUAUUACUAUUGUCUUACGAGUAAAGUAAAUGAUUACUGUAAACAACGUCGGCAUAAGUAUCGAAGAAUACUUAAGCGUGACUAUUUCAACCACCCUUGGGCACUUGUUUCGGUCAUCGGUGCCUUUGUUGCACUUGUUCUUACCUUUUUACAAACCUUCUAUGCUAUUCAAGAUGCAUAUAAGGAAGAUUAUUGAGCUAUGCAUAUUAUAUUCAUAUAUAAUUUUUAUAAUUAUAAUGUUGUUUUUUUGGGUAAUUAUAAUCUUGGUGGUUCAGUUGUGAAAAAAAAUAAGAGUUAGUGUAGUGUGGUGACUGGUGAGAGUGAGCAAGCAAUGAUUUAUAUAAUGAUUGUAUGUAAUCUCUCUUUCUUUCUUCUGAUUAAUUAAUAUAAUGUUGUUUGUGUGCCAAAUGUUUGUCUUUAUGGUAAUAUCAUGUCAUUUUA